AUGCGAUCCUUCCUUGUUGUUGCCCUUGCCGGGCUUGCGGUCGCCGAUGAAUUCCUGAUGAUGAGCGCCCAAAAGGCAGGCUCUGUCCUGGCCGUCAGACAAUCGACCUGCAGCAGCCUCGAGGAGAAGUGCGACUCGACAUGCAUUCCCCUGAGCGGCACUUGCUGCGGCCUCGGCGACGGCUCCUACUGCAAGGUCGGCUACACCUGCGUCAAGGGCGGGUGCUGCCAGAUCGGCAAGGUGUGCACCGGCACCCCCUCCGGCUGCAGCGCCAGCCAGGAGUCUUGCGGCUCCCGGUGCAUGCCCAAGGGCGCGGUCUGCUGCCCUGGCGGCAGCUCAUACUGCGACGCCGGAGAGACAUGCAGCGGUGGGCGAUGCAACACCAGCGGCAGCGGCCUCACCCGAACCACCACCUCUUCCUCUCCUUUCGCCGAGACGACGGCAGGAUCUGGUCCCAGCCCGACGACCACCAGCAGCGGAAACACUCUCUGCGCCCGAAAGAAGGGCGGCGGCAGCCACGGCGGAGGCAGCAGCAGUGGCGACGGCUGCGGCAGCGGCGCUGGCAAUCUCGCGGCUCCUGGCCUUCUCGUCGGAGCCAUGGCCGCCCUGCCUCUCGUCCUUUAA